AUGGGUUGGCUACAACUUGGGUGCCUUGCCUGGAUACAUCUUACACUUGCCGUGACUGUGAGCGGGCUGAGCCGAGCAGAGCUGUACGACUACGGGGUGCAGUAUGGGGAUCAGCUCCUGCAGCCGGGGUCCGACCAGACGGAGGAGCUCGCCCUGGACCAGACGCUGUUCUUUUACAAGGAGUCGUUUGAAAGCGUUUACAUCAACACCAAUGGCUUCGUGGCCUUGGCAGAGGUCCCCGAGGAGUCCGAGUACCUGGGCCAGAUGCCGGCCACCUUCGGCAUGCUGGCCGCCCUCAUGGGCGACCUGGACACCGGCGACGGCGUCGGCAAGGUGUUCUACCGGCAGGACAGCAGCCCGUCCGUGCUGCUGCGGGCGGCCGAGCACAUCGGCCAGGCGUUCCCCGCCGACGACGAGGUGGAGCCCAAGCACGUGGUCAUCGUCACCUGGGACAACGUGGCGGCGCAGGGCGCUCCCGGACGAGGGGACGGAAUCGAGUCCAGUAGGAACACGUUCCAGCUGGUGGUGGCCUCAAUGGAGUCAGCCUCUUACGCCAUCCUGCUAUACCCUCAAGACGGCCUGCAGUUCCACUCCACGCCCAUAGAGGGCGAGAGCACGCCCCUGGAGGUGGGCUUCAACCAGGGCCAGGUGGCCGGCUGGUUCUGGAACACCAAUCAGGGCGACUACUACCGCGUCACCACUGACGAUGAGGGGUCCAUCCAGGAGCUGAACAAGAAGACGAACUCCGGCCAUCGCGGCGUCUGGGUCUACGAGAUCGGCACCUCUCCCUUCUUCUCCUCCAUCCACUCGGGCGAGGUCGAGGACCUGACCCCCGAAGAGUCCGUCCCCGGCCUGGUGGUGGUGGUCCCCGAAACCCCAGACAGGGGGCCCCAGUAUCCCCCCGUCAACCCUCCUUACAAGAUCGUGACGGAGGGGUAUGACGAGUACGAGGACGAGACCCCCUUGCCCCGGGUACCCCCCACCCGGGCACAGCCCGUGUACCCGGUCCAGUUCCCCGUGUACCCCGAGCCCACCGACGCCAGGCCCAUUUACCCACAACCAGAACAGCCCCGCAGGCCCCAGCCAGAGCGCCCCCAGGUGGUGGUGGUGGACGACGACCUGGAUGUGGAUGUGUUCUCCUACAACUACGAGACGUGCGCCAACAACUGGCAGAAGUGCUCCAGCUUCGCCGACUGCCGCGACUACUCCGGCGGGUACUGCUGCCACUGCCGGCCCGGUUACUAUGGCGACGGCCGAGACUGCGUGGCCGAGGGCAAGCCCCAGAGGAUGAACGGUAAAGUGACGGGCCGUGUGUUUGUCGGCGGCUCGCCGUCGCCGCUGGAGUUCGCUAACAACGAGCUGCACUCGUACGUGGUGGCCAACGACGGGCGCGCCUACGUGGCCAUCAGCACCGUGCCCGCCGGCCUGGGGCCCUCCCUGCAGCCGCUGGCCUCGCUCGGGGGCGCCAUCGGGUGGGCCUUCGCCCUCGAGCAGCCCGACUACGAGAACGGAUUCAGCCUCAUCGGUGGCAGGUUCACGCGGCAGGCGGAGGUGACCUUCCACCCGGGCGGCGAGCGCCUGAGCAUCACGCAGGUGUUCAAGGGCAUCGACCAGCACGACCACCUGACCAUCAGCACCCAGCUGGAGGGGCGUGUGCCCGAGGUGCCCCGCGGGGCCACCGUCCAGAUCGAGCCCUACACCGAGAUCUACCAGUACGCCCGCAACGUCAUCACAUCCUCCUCGCGUCGCGACUACACGGUGAGCCUGGCGGAGGGCGGCAUCCAGACGCUGAGCUACAGCUGGCGCCAGACCAUCAGCUUCGAGAGCUGCCAGCACGACGCGGCCGCACGCCCCGCCCCCUCCUCGCAGCAGCUGUCCGUCGACCAGGUGUUCGUCAUGUACGACGCCGCCAACCAGCUCAUCCGCUACGCCAUGAGCAACAAGAUCGGCUCCAUCCACAGUGAGACGGUGGAGAACCCCUGCUUCACCGGCAGACACGGCUGCGACACCAACGCCAUGUGCCGGGCCGGCGAGGGAACCCAGUUCACCUGCGAGUGUUCCAGCGGCUUCACCGGAGACGGACGCGCCUGUUACGACGUUGACGAGUGCAGAGAAAAUCCUCAGAUCUGCGGCCGCCACAGCAUCUGCAGCAAUCAGCCCGGAACUUUCCGCUGUGAGUGCAUGGACGGCUUUCACUUUGCCAGCGAUGGAAGGACUUGUGUGGAGGUGGAGCAGGCGGUGAACCACUGUGCACGUGGCACCCAUGACUGUGACUUGGCCGAGAGGGCGCGCUGCAGCUACAGCGGAGGAUCCAACUACAUCUGCUCCUGCCUGCCCGGCUACCAAGGAGACGGACGCUCCUGCAGGGAUAUCGAUGAAUGCCAGCCAGGCCGUUGCCACAGAGACGCGAUCUGCUACAACACCCAGGGCUCAUACACCUGCCAGUGCCGUCCAGGUUUCUAUGGCGAUGGCUUCCAGUGCACUGCCGAUUCAGCGCGUGAGAAGACGGCCUGUGAGAGACACAGAGAGCGAGCCGAGACCGCCUCGGCCAACACCGGCGGCUACUUCUUCUUCCGCCCGCGGCCCGCCGUGGGACAGUAUGUCCCCUCCUGCGACCCGUACGGCGCCUACGAGCCCAUGCAGUGCCACGGCAGCCUGGGCCAGUGCUGGUGCGUGGACCGCGAGGGCCAGGAGAUCACCGGCACCAGGACCGCACCGGGCAGCAGACCCAGCUGUAUUGACCAGGGCGUGCCCCCGACCCCGGUGGGCCCCACCCCUCGUCCAGACGUCAGCCCCCUGGCCCCCGGCACCAGCCUGCUGUUCGCCCAGACGGGCAAGAUCGAGCACGUGCCCCUCAACGGAGAGAGCAUGCUCAAGGAGGAGGCCAAGACCCUGCUGCACGUCCCU